AUGCCUCACCACCAUCCCUUCGAUCCCAUCCGCCCAGACGAAAUCUCUCUCGCCACAGCCAUCCUCAAAGCCUCCCUCCCCGGCAUCAACCUCCGCUUCAAAGUCAUCGAUGUCAAGGAACCCAUCAAGAAGGAUGUCAUCCCCUAUAUUGAGGCCGAGCGGACAGGCCAGCCACUCCCCCCACCACCGCCACGCCUGCUGUACAGCUACUUGCACCGGCUGGACACCCAUGCCUUCCUCAAGGCCGUCAUCAACGUAGACACCAAGGCCGUCAUCUCCCUCAAGGAGCUGCCAAGCCAUAUCCAGGGCCCGGUUGACAUCGACGAGAUGAUUGGCCUGGAGACGGUCUGCCUGCAGCACCCCCGAGUCAUUGAGGAGAUCGCCAAGCUGCAACUGCCGGAGGGAGUUACCGUCUGCACGGACCCGUGGAUCUACGGCACCGACGACGAGAACGAGCACCGCCGCCUGGUGCAGUUCUACAUGUUUAUCGUGCCCGUGGACCAUCCACAGUCGAACCACUAUUCGCUGCCGUGUGCCUUUUCUCCGGUGCUGGACGCCAACACCAGCGAGCUCGUCCGCAUUGACUAUCUGCCCACGGGGGGCGACCACAGCACCACUGAGACGCAGCCGUGGAAGCCGGUCAAAGCCGUUGAAUACGCUCACGACCUCAUUGAAACUCCGUUGCGACAGGAUCUCAAGCCAUUGAUUGUGCAGCAGCCCGAGGGUCCUUCAUUUUCUCUGGAUGGCCAGCUCGUCCAGUGGCAGAAAUGGCGGUUCCGCGUCGGCUUCAACUACCGCGAAGGCCUGGUGCUGUACAACCUGACCUUUGACGGCCGGAAUGUCUUCUACCGCCUGUCACUGUCCGAGAUGACGGUGCCGUACGGUGAUCCACGACGGCCUUUCCACCGUAAGCAGGCCUUUGACGUGGGGGACGUUGGUUUGGGCAUCACCUGCAACCAGCUCAGCCUGGGCUGCGACUGUCUGGGCCACAUCAAGUACUUUGACGGCUUCCGCAUCGACUCCCAGGGCCGACCGGUGCAUCUUCAGAAUGUCAUCUGCCUCCACGAGCAAGAUGCCGGCAUCCUGCACAAGCACACCAACUAUCGCAACGGCCAAGCCACCGUUGUGCGAAACCGACAGCUGGUGGUGCAAAUGAUCUGCACCGUGUCCAACUACGAGUACAUCUUUGCCUGGGUGCUGGACCAAGUAGGUGGCGUCGAGUUCGAGAUUCGUGCCACGGGCAUCUUGUCUACCAUCCCCAUUGACGACGACAAAGGUCUGGAUCUGCCCUUUUCGACCCCCGUGGGCCCUGGCGUCUCAGCGCCAUUUCACCAGCACAUCUUCAACCUGCGAAUCGACCCGGCCAUUGACGGCUUCAACAACACGGUGUUGUACGAGGACAGCGUGCCGCUGGUGCCUGAGGAGCAUGGCAUAGACGAUCCCUACGGCGUUGGAUACGUGGCCAGAACAACAGUGCUCGACCGCGCAGGCUUUGCCGACACGGAUGUUGAGCUCGGACGAGUCUUCAAGAUCCGCAACGACAGCGUCAUCAACGGCAUCAGCCGCAAGCCCGUCGCCUACAAGGUGCAGACGGUGGCCAGUCAGCGCAUGAUCAUGUCGUCCCGCUCGUUCAACGCCCGCCGUGCGCGCUUCCACGAGCACCCCGUCUGGGUGACUCGCUACCAGGACGACGAGCUCUUUGCCGCUGGCGAGUUCACCAACCAGAGCCGUGAGAGCACCGGUGUGGACAAGUGGGCGGCACGAGGCGAUGAUAUUCUGGACAAAGACGUGGUGUUUUGGCACACGUUUGCGCUGACGCAUAACCCGAGGACUGAAGACUUUCCCGUGAUGCCUGUCGAGAAGCUGAGCGUGCACUUUAAGCCAAGUGGGUUUCACGAGAAGAAUCCGGCCUUGGAUGUGCCAAGUUCGCAGCAGGCAGUGAACAAGUCGACAUUGGUGGAGGAGACGGCAAAAGCCGCGUGCUGUAAUUAG